AUGGUGUGCUCCGUGACUAGUGCUGAGGAAAUCCGUGACAGCGGUGGAAUAGAGACAGACAGAUUGCAGGAUAGGUCUCAGAUCGUUGGCACGGGAUUGCUGAUUGACAGUAUGUCAUCACUUAGUGAUUCACAUCGUCGUAAUGGUCAUAUUGAUGCUGGUGACAGGAGUUCAUCGGCGGGAUCGUCGUUGGGCUCUUGUUCACCGCCACCAGCAUCGAGUCAUUCACCGCCACCACCUAGGCCACCCUGGUUGCAUGAUUUUCAUGCUGCAGCAUCACCCCAUGUACUACAAUUUUUGAAUCUCAGUGCUGGUGCUGGUGGUAUGCUUGGUAGUCAGCCACUAGCUGCACUUCACUCGAUGGCUGAAAGGAGUCAUCAGCAGAAUCAGCAUCUUCAGGUGCAGCAGGGGCUGCAGAGGCAACAGCAGAUGCACACUGUAUCAACACCACCGCAGGGACAAUCAUCACCCACUGGAAGUGGAAAGCAUAGUCCAGCUACCUCGAUUACCUCCGUCGGGAGUAAUCCACAUGGUAUCGAUAAUAUAUUGUCGAGGCCUGCUGCUGCACAUCCUCAGGUACCGGUCUCGGCGGCACACGCUCUUGCACCGGCAUCGACUCAUCCACAACAUCUCACAGCACCAAGAUAUGCCAUGCAUGCAGGAUUCACCGCUUCCACGGGUCUUGGGCAGUUCCAGCAGAGGACAGAGGCCCGUCAUCCCGCGGUUUAUUGGCCCGGACUUCAGGGACUCGUCAGCGACCCUCUGGCGUGGCGGGCCAGGUUACACUCACUAUCACAGCAGCUGGGAUGUCAGCAGUCGAUGGCAGGUGCUGCGGGUGGUGCUGGCAGUGAUCAUGACAAUGGCAAGAAAAAACACACGAGGCCGACAUUCAGUGGACAGCAGAUAUUUGCGUUGGAAAAAACCUUUGAACAGACCAAGUACUUGGCUGGUCCUGAGAGAGCUAAAUUGGCGUACGCCCUGGGAAUGUCUGAGUCACAAGUUAAGGUAUGGUUUCAAAACAGAAGAACAAAAUGGAGAAAGAAGCACGCAGCGGAGAUGGCGACGGCGAAGAGACGGCAGGAGGAAGUCGAGGGUGUUGUUGGAGAGAAUGAGGAUGGGUGCAGUGACGGUGAGACUGAGACGAGCGGUGAGACAGCGGCUAAGAGGCUGAGACGUGAGCUUGAGCAGCAGUAUGGACCGUGAGGGAAGAUGAGACACGGGGGUUGAAGGCGUGGCCAUGGACUAUAGGGGCGGUUACAAUGCCAGGGCGCGAGGGCGUUCAAAAGAGGGAGAGGUAACCCCUCAUUGCACCCCUAACGAGAGGGAAAACCGAGCCCUUUUUUUUUAAACCUUCAUGCUCCCCUUAUUCCUCAAACCCCCUCUCACCCUCGCCCCCCUCUUUCAUUCCGCUCCUCUUUUUAUGCAUUUUUUGCCCCUCCCCUCAUCUCACCCCCACCUCAUCCCACCGCACCCCUCGCACUAUCUCUUAUCCCGGUGGAUUUUACUCGAACUGAACACUUGGAAAUGCUCGCUGUGACGGGGAAAAUCUGUUCAAAAUCGCCAUGAAUUCAGUGCAAUAAUAAUUUUUUUUUCCUCAUGUUUUGGUUCUAUUUUUUUUUAAGGACGAGUCGGGGAAGUUUCGAUCGUCGGGGGCGGAAGGGGGUAAUUUUUUCGUGGAGCAAGAUUUCCUCGGUUUUGGGACUUUGGAGAAAGGGAAAUUUCGUACUUGAGUCUGGGAUUUUUUUUAAUAUGCAGAAUAUUUAUUAAAUAUGUUAGAAAUUGUUUUUGGGGGUUUUUAUGUUGAUCAGACCGAUUUGAUAUGUUUUUAGAUAUGGGUAAUAUUUCGAGACUUUGAUGAAUAUUUUUGGAGUGAGCGGAGAUAGCUGAUUUUUUGUGGAAUCUUUUUUGUAACGCUUUUUACAGCCUACAAAAGAGGUCAUGACAAAAAUUUUGUUAUCUCUGUUAGAUUCUGAGAUAUUGAUGAAAAACUUGUAUAGUUCCCAAUUUUUUUUACAUUUUUUCGCUGCCUUUCUCCAACUUCAAGAAGUCCACCCUCAAAAAAUCACCAGAACCUAAAAAAACUAGUUUUUUUUAUCAU